CCUGUUUGCCAGCACUCCACAGUAACUAUGAAGAUCCUGAUUCUGAUCCCAGUUUGCCUGAGCCUGAUUCUCAGCAGCUAUGCACAGAAGCCUCAUCCCUGCAAGUCUCCACCAUUGCUUGAGGGGAAAUUGAAUGUGCUCUUCCCAGGGCAGAAGUUAAGUGUAUAUGAGAAAUUCUACUAUGAUGCAAUUGGACAGAAUAUUCGUGUUAUAGCAUCUGGGAAGGAGGGCAAUGAGACCAUCUUUGCAGACAAUCUUCUAUUAUUUAGAGAGGGGAUUGAAUAUGAGAUCUACUACCACAACCGCACCUGUAUUAAGAAGCCACUGAAGGUUCCUUUCAUGCCUCUUGAGAUUCCCCAUGAUGCCAAGUUCUUAAGACAGAUGGUCUUGGGGAGCAGCUCUAGACCAGGAGAGGGACUGCUUGUCAAUAACUGGGAAGGAACAGUACCUCAGUCAAAAGAAAACUAUUUCUUGACCUUCACUGAGUUUGGCUGCAUGCCUCUCUACGUCGUCUAUUACACAGAUAAAAUGGACUUAAACAUCAUGGCAAGUUAUUAUGACCUAGUGCUUGGAAUAGAAGACCCGGAGGUCUUCAUCCCUCCCUCUUUCUGUGAUUCAGUGGAACUUGAGACCAAAGAUGGUGCUGUGGCAAACUUCUUCACUGCUCUUCUAUGAAAGCACCUG